CUGGAGGCGGAGCGGGCUGCUGCUCAGGUGGCCCGCGGCUCUCACAGGGUGCUGCCAGCGGCGCCACGGGUUGGCGGGGUCUCAGCCACGAUGAUCCAGAAUGUGGGAAAUCACCUGCGCAGGGGCAUCGCCUCUGUGUUCUCAAGCCGCACGUCCCGGAAGUCAGCCUCCCAUGCAGAGAAAGACAGCGGUGCCAUGGCAGACGGCGAGGGCUACCGGAACCCCACGGAGGUGCAGAUGAGCCAGCUGGUGCUGCCCUGCCACACCAACCAGCGUGGCGAGCUGAGCGUCGGGCAGCUGCUCAAGUGGAUCGACACCACGGCCUGCCUGUCCGCUGAGAGGCAUGCUGGCUGCCCCUGCGUCACUGCCUCCAUGGACGACAUCUAUUUUGAGCACACCAUUAGCAUCGGACAGGUGGUGAAUAUCAAGGCCAAGGUGAACCGGGCCUUCAACUCCAGCAUGGAGGUGGGCAUCCAGGUGACCUCUGAAGACCUGUGCUCUGAGAAGCAGUGGAAUGUGUGCAAGGCCUUGGCCACCUUUGUGGCCCACCGGGAGCUCUCUAAGGUGAAGCUGAAGCAGAUCACACCACGGACGGAGGAGGAGAAGACCGAGCAUAGCGUGGCGGCUGAGCGCCGGCGUAUGCGGCUGGUCUAUGCGGACACCAUCAAGGACCUCCUGGCCAACUGUGCCAUUCAGGGUGAUCUGGAGAACAGAGACUGCUGCUGCUUGGUGCCAGCUGAGAAGACCCGCGUGGAGAGUGUGGAGCUGGUCCUGCCCCCCCAUGCCAAUCACCAAGGCAAUACCUUUGGGGGCCAGAUCAUGGCCUGGAUGGAGAACGUGGCCACCAUUGCAGCCAGCCGGCUGUGCCGUGCCCACCCUACGCUGAAGGCCAUUGAGAUGUUCCACUUCCGGGGCCCUUCGCAGGUGGGGGACCGCCUGGUGUUCAAGGCCAUCGUCAACAACGCCUUCAAGCAUAGCAUGGAGGUGGGUGUGUGCGUGGAGGCUUAUCGCCAGGAGGCUGAGACCCAUCGGCGGCACAUCAACAGUGCCUUCAUGACCUUCGUGGUCCUGGACGCAGAUGACCAGCCUCGGACACUGCCCUGGAUUCGGCCCCAGCCUGGAGAUGGUGAGCGGCGCUACCGAGAGGCUAGUGCCAGGAAGAAGAUCCGACUGGACAGGCAAUACAUCGUGUCCUGUAAACAGGCAGAAAUGCCCCUCUCUGUCCCCUGGGAUCCCAGCAACCAGGUGUACCUGAGCUACAACAAUGUCUCCUCCCUAAAGAUGCUCGUGGCCAAGGACAACUGGGUGCUGUCUUCGGAAAUCAACCAGGUCCGCCUAUACACUCUGGAGGAAGACAAGUUCCUCUCCUUCCACAUGGAGAUGUUGGUUCAUGUGGACACAAACCAGGCCUUCCUGCUGCUCUCAGACCUGCUUCGGAGGCCCGAGUGGGACAAGCACUACCGGAGCGUGGCGCUGGUGCAGCAGGUGGAUGAGGAUGAUGCCAUCUAUCACGUCAUCAGCCCUGUCCUCGGCGGCGAUGCCAAGCCCCAGGACUUUGUGAUCCUGGCCUCUCGGCGGAAGCCUUGUGACAACGGGGACCCCUAUGUCAUUGCGAUGAGGUCAGUUACACUGCCCACCCACCCUGAGAUGCCAGCAUACAGGCGCGGGGAGACCCUCUGCUCGGGUUUCUGCUUCUGGCGAGAGGGGGACCAGAUGACCAAGGUGUCCUACUACAACCAGGCUACCCCAGGCUUUCUCAACUACGUGACCACCAACGUGGCUGGCCUCUCCUCCGAGUUCUACACCACCUUCAAGGCUUGUGAGCAGUUCCUCUUGGACAAUCGGAGCGAUCUGGCCCCCAGCCUCCAGACCCUCUAGAUGCCUGCAGUAGCCUCUGCGU